AUGACUUCAGCCGAUCCAUUCGAUAUCAAAGCUACAUAUUUGAAAAUACUAGAAGAUGACAAAGAAUUAACCAUGCCUAUAGCGGCAAUUGAAAGUCUUGUCGAAAUGUUACGGCUAAACAAACCAUCAACAUCAUCAGAAUUGAUCAAUCUCGUUUCGAGAAACAUUGACUUGUUAAAAUCAUCUAUACCGAAUAAUAUCUCCCUCUCCGCUGGAUGUGACUUAUUCUUGAGAUUCAUUUUGAGAAACACCAAUAUAUAUAGUGAUUGGGAAUCGUUUCUGCAGAAUUUGAUUGAAAAUGGAGAGUUGUUUGUGCAAAGAGCCAAGAUUUCUAGAGAGAAGCUGGCCGAGUACGGAUUACCUUUUAUUAAAGAUGAUGAUAUUAUUCUUGUUCAUAGUUUUUCCCGUGUUGUCUACACAUUGUUGCUCAAGGCAAAACAAGAACAACUAACGAGGUUUAAAGUCUUGGUGACUGAAUCGAGACCAACGGGGAAUGGGUAUGUUAUGGCGGAGAAAUUGCGGGAGGCAGAUAUCCCAUGUGAAGUGAUUGUAGACAAUGCUGUGGGGUAUGUCUUGCAUAAUGUGGAUAAAAUCAUUGUGGGAGCUGAAGGGGUGGCCGAGAGUGGUGGAAUCAUAAAUCAUAUUGGUACUUAUCAAAUCGGAUGUUUAGCCAAGGUUAAUAACAAACCGUUUUAUGUCGUUACUGAAUCGCAUAAAUUUGUCAGGAUGUUUCCGUUGGCUCCUAAUGAUUUACCCAACAUGAACUAUAUUGCGUCGUUGAAUGAACUGACGGAUGAAAAUGAACGAUACAAAGAGUAUUUCAAUAGCCAUGGAGAUAUAUUUUUAGACAAACAUAUUGUUGAUUUCACUCCUCAUGACUAUAUUACGGCGUUGAUUACAGACUUGGGUGUAUUGACGCCAUCUGCCGUUAGUGAAGAAUUGAUUAAGAUGUGGUAUGAUUAG